AUGUCGCAGCCGACAACACCAGUCUCUAUUCCUGGAAAACAAGAAACCGAGGAGAAGCGGAGCCCCCGAUCUGAGACGAACUCGCGUGAAGCGAGCCCGAGCAGCUCUCCAGGAUCUAAACGCAAAAGAGAGGAGGAUGAUCACGAUAAUAGUCCAAACGACGAGGACAUACACCAAAACAAGAAACGGAGAACGCCUCCCAUUGACUCUGCUGCACCAGCCUCUGAGACACCAAGAGUGGGCCAGAUUCAGGAGCGAGUAGAGAAAAUGCGUGUAAAUCGCAUGAGCGGUGGACCUGUAGACUCAGACGUACUACGGGAAUUGGCUCAAACGCCUGAUACUCCGGCAUCACAACCCGAAAAAGAUGCAAGCCAGCCGAAAGAGGUGGUGCCUGUGACAACUAGUCCAAAGGACAAGGUGGGGGAAUCGGGUAACACCAAUGAGGAAAGCCAAGGUAUCGAGGCAGAUACAGACGAACCGCCUGCGAUUGUCGAUACAGAAAUGUCCCAGCCAUUUCGUCGACGGCCGAAUGGACUCAAAAGGAUUGUCAAUCUGGAUCGCCCUAUCGAACUUGAUCAAGACUACAAUCGAAAGAGGAAAGCUAGCGAGAAACUGGCGGGGUCCCCUUUCUCCUCGCCCGCCGCAAAGCGAGCGAAAGAGGACGUCAGUACGAAACCUACCAUCGAAGAGGAAGAGAGGAGCGAUCUGAACAUCACCAAGCCACCGUCUACACCAGCAACAGCCGCAUCAUCUCCGGCAAAGCCUGUAUUGAAGGGAUUUUCUGCAUUUGCAUCUGCUGCAUCCCCGUUUGCAUCUGUCACAAGAACAGAAAACGCUCCUUUUGGUGGUGGGACGCGACCAAGCACGCUGUUUGGAGGCAGCAAUGCACCAAUUUUCAAAUCCCCAUUCCCAGUCGUUUCGCCCUUCUCCACUCCCAAGUCAUCCGGCACCACUAGCCCCUUCAAAUCGAAUACCGAGGAGACUGAUCCCGCGCAAGGUUUGGCAAAAUCAACGACACCGUUUCCACAAUCUGGGUCACCUUCAUUCGGUACGCCGUCGUCUGCAGGAGUAUCCGGGGCUCCCAAAGCUGUAUUUGGGCGGUCGUCGGGCUUUGGUAUGGCGACCUCGCCCUCGCCGACGCCGUCUGCUGUUGGACCUACCCGAAGGGCAAAGUCCCCCCGCCCUCAAGCGUUUGGUGCGUAUGGAGCUACAGCUGCGCGGUUUGCCGCUCCUUCAGGCAAGAUCCGCGCAAAGAAUCAGGUCAAUAGCGAAAACGGGGAUACAAAGGAGAGUGACGGUGGGACUUCAGGCGAGGAAAAGGGUGAUGAGGAUAAGGCCAAGCGUUUCAGUGAGAUAUUGGCUGCCACGGGUAGUGAUGCGGAAGUAAGUGAUGCAGAGAAGAUGGUCUUCACCGAGCAAGAAACCAUGACUGGUGAAGAGGACGAAAUGAACAUAUUCCAUGCUCGAGGAAAACUCUACGAAAUGGAGAGUGGAUCGUGGAAAGAACGCGGUCCUGGGCUGUUUAAACUCAAUGUCAAUAAGGAAACCGGCAAGUCUGCACGUAUCGUGAUGCGUCGCGAUGGAUCCCUCAACCUACUCCUCAAUGCGAUGCUAUUCAAGGGGAUGGUCUUUUCUGCUGGCCACGACCCACGCUAUAUUACAUUUACAAUUCUUGACGAGAAGCUCCAACCCAAGAGCCAUCUCCUCCGGUUCCCUUCUGCUAAACACGCACAAGAUUUGCUGGACCGGGUACAGGUACACAUUCCACAGACAUGA